UAUUGCAUUUCUAUGGCUCAAGUGAGAGUCAGUCAGAGACUGAGCCAAAGCAUCAGAAGAGAAAAAGACGAGAGGAAAUAAACAGCUGUGCAUCAGAAAGAGACUAUGGCAUCGUUAAAUCUCGGGUUCAACGGGGCUCGUAAAAAAGCGGUAGCGCGUAUCAGAGCCGUAGAGAGGAGGAAUCUGCUCACCGUGUGCAGGUUCUCAGUGAAGACCCUCAUUGAUCGCUCAUGUUUUGAGACGAUAGACGACACAUCACCCGAGUUCAUCAACUUUGUCUCCAUUCUAGAACAUAUUCUCAGCCAUAGACUGAAAGGUCAGGUCAGCUGGUUUGGCUACGAGAGCCCACGCAGUUUCUGGGAUUACAUACAUGUGGCAUGUAGUAAAGUCCCACACAGCUGUAUCCAUAGCAUCGAGAACAUGGAGAACGUCCGCAGCUCCAGAGCAAAGGGUCGUGCCUGGAUUAGAGUGGCGUUAAUGGAGAAGCGUUUGUCUGAAUACAUCUCUGCAGCUCUGAGAGACUUCAAAACUACAAGGAGUUUUUAUGAGGAGGGGGCUGUAGUUCUGGGUGAGGAGGCGGGGCUUCUGGCAGAUACACUGAUUGGACUGAAUGCCAUUGACUUCAGUUUCUGUCUGAAAGGGGAGGGGCUUGAUGAGAGCUGUCCUGUCGUCAUUGACUACACACCGUACCUUAAAUUCACACAAACUUCUGACAGCAUCAGCAGCGAUGAGGAGGAAAUGAGAACGCUGGGCAGCAGCGGCAGUGAAGCAGGCACUCCUGAAUCCCACAUGACCGCCAGUCUGGUGGCCGAUCAGAGCACCUGGUACAGCAAGAGCAAAAGACUAGAGCAGAAAUACAGAGUCGUGCUGGAACAGAAGGGUUAUCUGGAGGAGCUGGUGCGUCUGAGGGAAGUUCAGCUCUCUGAGUCUGUCUCUCAGAAUAAAUCUCUACUGCAGCGGCUCACAGACACGCAAAUUAGCCACAAACUGGAGAAAAAGCAGCUGGAGACCAUCAUACUGGAGCUGCAGGAUCAGCUGACGGUGAUGAAGAAUCAUGACCUUCGCUCCAGACAGGAGCUUACCUCUCACCUGACAAACCAAUGGCCCUCACCUGCUACCUUGGAUACCAAUGCAGUCGCCUUGGAUACGCUCCUGUACAGGAAACGCACAGGACCAUGGGAAGAGAAAAGCUUCCAGAGUUUGGAGCAGCUUUCUACAGAUAUGAGUCUCUCUCAGAUGUCUCUGGAUCCAGCACAAGUGAACACACACAGUCUGGAGAGCAAGCCAGGACUUACACACUGGCACAGAGAAGGGAAAGAGGAUACUCCGUCUCUGAGGGGUUUGUGUGGUUCCUUAACCUCAAUGGCCAGUUACAAAUCUCUGGCCAGUCUGAAGUCCAGCGAGUAUCUGGCCAGUCCAACAACAGACAUGACCAGCCCAGGACUGACACCGUCCUGAGAGACAAGUAUGGACAUACUGUAUAAAUGCAUACACAAACACACCGGCCUGCUUGAGAUGGUGUGGGCUUUGAAUUGAAGUGAAGAAAGAAAAGCUAGCUACCGGUACCAUCCUCAGAGCUUCUAAGAGACAUCUCAGCUAGACAAGAUGAAACCCCAGUGCCCUCCUGACUGGUUUUAGUUUAAUUUGAAGUGCAAUUCAUUUAAUUUUCAAAUCUGAACAUUUGGUUGUUGAAGUCCAUAGCUAGUGUAAGCAUUAGCAUUAUUGAAUAUUGAGCAUAAUGUAUCACGAUGAAUGACAUUCUUGACCCAGGACAUCAGUGAAUUUCAGUUGUUUAUCUGCCCACUUCAAAUGUUUGGUGUUUUUUUUUAAAGUCCAUAGAUAGUCAUGGUGUUUUAUUUUUUGCUUCUGCUCAUAAAAUUUGUCCUGUGUGGAAUUAUACUUAUUUAUUACUAAACUUAGAUUUAACUUCAGUGCCCCUAUUGAAAAUGAUAGUUUAUGGAAAAAAAAGAAAAAAAAAUACUUACAUCAGAUUCAUAGCACGUCAUAGCUAUUCUAGCACAGCUAUGUAGGAAAUUGGUUGUCUGGGCCAAUGGCCAGUUUACAAUGAUGUCUCACAAUUUAAUUGAAUUAAAUUUAAUUAAAUUAUUUAAUUUAAUUUAAUUUAAUUUAAUUUAAUUUAAUUAAUUUAAUUUAAUUUAAUUUAAUAUUUUAUUUUAUGAAAAAUUUCUAGUUUUAAGCCUCCUCUAAAAUCCACUUUUCACAAUACAUUAUAUCAAUUAUUGUGAUUAAUCUGGCCCCUUUCUACACAUUUUGGUCCUCUUUAAUAAAAACUAGAAUCAACAUGCCAAGUAAAAUAAAUUUUAAACCAUUUUUAACACCGCUUUCAAAAUGUUAACAUGAACAUAUAGCUGUGAUAUUCAGUAAGAAAUAUAUUUAAGACUUUAACCUAAUUGUAUCCAUCAGAAAUUGAUACAGAUCAGUGGGUGAUCUGUAUGGAAAAUCUGGAGCCCUAAUAAUGUUGAAUUGUCCAAUUAGGACAGAAUUGUGAACAACAAACAUUGCUUUGUUGAUUUGCCAUCAUUUGUCUUUUUAGGGAGUAAGAGGAAUGUCAUUUCAGAAAUUUCUCUGGUGUGCUUAAUGUGGAUGUUAAUACAUUUAUUUCUCGUCUCUGGCUUUUAACUGAAGUUUUUGAGAUUCACUCUGUCCUCUUAUGUGAGGAAAUUUUACAUAUUUAUGAGUUCUGUGAUUUACAUAAUCAUACAGCGCUCAAACAUCGGUUUUGCAUUUUUUCCCAUGCAUCGUCACUCACAGAUAGUGGCUAAUGUGCACCAGUGUAAAGCAUUGCCAUGCAUUUAUAUAAAUUAAUAAGAAUAAUAUGGAUAUGAUAAAUAAUAUGAUGCAUAUUGGACUGGAACAAGAACGUAUUCAGAACCUAAAGCAACGAUCUUUAACUUAAUCUGUAAACAUCUGAACUACUGUUGUCAAUUUAAUGGGAUUAAUUAUUAAAAAAAAGGCAAAAAAUAUUCAAGUUAAUCAUUUCCUCUAAUUUGUACAUAAAUGCUGUAAUUUUCCUACCUCCAGAAGAAAUCAAACUUAAAGUACCACUUUGUUUUUGACUCUAUAAUGAAGCUGUGGACUAUAGGCCAGUGAUGUUCAAUGAGACGGACAUAAAUUAUAUAUAUA